AAGCGUUACGUUACCAUGGAAACAAACAUAAACGUUAACUGACCUUAGCAAACAGAUCGGAUUGCUGAGUGAAAUUUAUGGGAAUACACAUUUUACAAACUGGUAAAAUACAUAUAUAGUAUAAGUCUAAAUUCUUUUUAAUUCUACUGCUUAUAAUUUGAUAUAAUUUUGGCGAUGUCCACUGCCGAAGUUCAGGAAACCAUGGGAGAUAAAGUGGUGCCAGCGACUCAAAAGGAACGUGGGGAUACCGAAAUAACGUCUUCUGUCAAAGAUGGAGUGGAUGCCAUGAAAAAGGAUGGAGAUCAAGAAAACAAGGAAUUUAACAAAGAACUGAAAAGCCCACUUCAAGGGACGAAGGAAAAACACUCAGGGCCACGAAUGACCAAGGAAUUCCUGAAAGACCAUUGUAAGAAGAACAAACUUUACUCAACACCUUGCCUGAAUGACACGCUGUAUCUGCAUUUUAAAGGUUUCUCUACCAUCGAGAACUUAGAGGAGUACACUGGACUAAAGUGUCUCUGGCUGGAAAACAAUGGGCUUCAACGCAUUGAGAACCUGGAUGCCCAGACUGAUCUGCGCUGCUUGUUCCUUCAGCAGAACCUCAUAUACAAGCUGGAAAAUCUCAAACCUCUGAAAAAGCUCUGCACCCUGAAUGUGUCCAGCAACUAUAUCCACACUAUAGAGCACAUCUCCUGCCUUCCUGAUCUGAGCACCCUGCAGAUUGCCCACAACAAACUGGAGACAGUUGGGGACAUAGAGCAUCUGAGUCAGUGUCUGGCAAUCAGUGUGCUAGACAUGUCUCACAAUCUGUUAUAUGACCCUGAGAUCCUCUCUGUACUUGAGGCCAUGCCAGAACUGCGGGUGCUAAAUCUAAUGGGAAAUAAGGUGGUGAAAAAAAUCCCAAACUACAGGAAAACCAUGAUUGUGCGCCUUAAGCAGCUCACCUUCCUCGAUGAUAGGCCUGUCUUCCCAAAAGACAGGGCAUGUGCGGAGGCAUGGGCUUUGGGAGGGCUGGAAGGGGAGCAUAAAGAGAGGGAGCAAUGGGAAACACGAGAGAGGAGGAAAAUUCAGGACAGCUUGGAUGGCAUGGCGAUGAUUCGAAAAAAAGCCCAGGAGAGACGACACCUUCGAGAACUACAGGAAAAGGGACGAAUUGAGGCUUCCACUACUCCAGUGACUCCAUGUGAGGAAAAUGACACCCAGAUCUUGUCUUCAUCACAAAGAAAAGAAAUCCAAGCCUUUGUGAAGGAUAGCCUGGAUGCCCAUGAAGAGUUCUUGCACAGUCAGUCAACUCAGGGGCCCCAUGAACAACAGCCAAACAAUGGAAAUCUAGAAGCAGAGCAGUCAGAGAAAGUUGAAGAGGACAAAUCACAGUUAAAGCAACCUGUGAAGGAAGAGAAACAAAGGGUGAAUCCAGAGAACUCACCGCAAGAGCAUGAAAGUAUUGCAGGAAAGAUGAUAGAGAGAGAAAAUGUAGAAAAUUACAAAGAACCCAAUGAGUUAUGUGGAGUUCAGUUCAUGAGAAAUGAAGCUGAGAGAGAGCAGACAAACACAAGUCAGGUGUUUGAAAAGAAACAGCCUUCUUUGGUCAGGGCAACUCUUCCUGAAGCAGAUGGAGUUUUACCAGCAUCUGGUCCUGGACCAUUGGUUACAGAGCUGGAAGAUGCAGAGCAACUGGACACCAUUUACCUUCCAGUACAGCGUACACUGCGUACUGAUGACCUGCCUGAUCUGGAGGAUGCGGAUACUGAAGACUUUACAGUCAUGUUCUCUUCUCAGCAAGUGUUCAAACCAAAAAUAGAGAUAAUAUCAGGGGGCACUGAUGAAGAUGAACCAACUGGGAAUCACAUUGAGGACACCGCCGCUUCUGAUCCAGAGAUAAGUCCCUCCCACACGUUUUCAUCAUUGUUGUAUCCAGAGGAUGAAGAUGCCCUUGAGCCACUCAUUUUUGAAUCUGUGGGAAACUCCAAAACAUGUCCAAGUUCCUCUCCACCACAUUGCCUGAUUGAGGAGCUGGAAUGAUGCUUUCAAAGUUUAGAAUAUUUUUUUUUUCAUCAUAUUAGUAAUGCAGGAUGAGCACCAGAGAAGAGUAGGAGUUAUUUCACCAACUUUAAGGAAAGCCAAAACAAAAAACUUACCAUACUUUGUCCUGACUUUAUUAAACCCCAUCUUAGGUGUUAGAACUUCAUAAACAUGUGGAUGGCAAUAUACGUGAUGAACAAUACUUUGACAUUUACUGAAAAAGAUUUUAUCCUACGCGCAUGUAACAUAAUUUUGGCCGCAAAUAGUUUGGAGUGAAUGUUAGGUCUUCUUGUUUUUGUUAGUAAUUCUGGAAUGGUUUAGAAAUGUCUUUUGAAAGUAGAAUGAGCUCACACCUUAAUUAAAAAAAAAAAAAAAUUAUCUGUUAAAAUAUUGAAAACUACAUAAUGGUCAAGCCUAUUUAUCCAAAAGAAUUCCAAAAACAGGUUGUUUAUAUGGCUGUUUGUUUUCACAAAGCGUUAAAAUUAAGUGAAUAACUCUUUUUAAAACUGGUCAGUGUCAAUAAAUUGUAGUGAUGUGUACAUUUCACUGAAUGCAUCAACAAAAAAUACGCCAUAUUUAUGGUUUUAUUAAAUUGUAUUACAUGUCCCUGUUAAACUCACAUAUUUCUCUCUCAGCAAUAAAUAUUCAACAUGUUCACAUCUUCA